AUGGCGAUCCAAAAUGUUCCAGUAUUUCUUAUCGGCUUGGUGAUGAUCUACCUCCCGACUGCAAAUACAUACGCUUUUGAGAAGACGGCGAGCGACACUCUCCUAGAACAGCAUAAUUCUGGGAAACCGGAUGUUGAAACCAAUAUUGAAAAACGAGCCAUGCCAUUAUCAUUGAAUGCAGAUCUGCGCAUGCUCGCCCGGAUGUUGUUUGCUUCUCAGAGACGUCGUCGAGUAGAUCAAUACGCCCGGGUGAGACAGCAAAUGUCUACCUUAGGAAAGCGAAGCGGUGGUCAUUCACUCGGAAUGAACGACAGAGAUCCCAUUGGAAACGGCCAGGAAAUGUCCCAUCUAGCAGAGCAUGUGGUACAAAACACACAGAGGGCUUCAAAAUAUGAACAUGUAUCAGAUGACGAUAUCGAAAAUGCACAUCAAAAGUUAUCGUUGCUGGAUACAAAUGCAGCUGAGCUUCAGAAGAGGGGUCAAAGGUUAUCGAUAAACGGUGCGUUGUCGUCCUUGGCUGACAUGUUGGCAGCGAGUGGCAGGCGUAGGCUUGAGGAAGAACUCGCCGUCAACAAAGAACGACUUUUGAAACUGGGACGUUAA